GCGGGGGGGCGCAUGCGCAGUGCGCGGCAGCCACGGCAAGGGACAAGAUGGCGAUGAAGGCGAUCGGGCGGAUGGUGAACGGAGCCAUGGGCGACAUAUCGGCCCGGGGGUCGCCGAUGGCCGCCCGGGAACAUGUCCAGGCCGUCAGCAGGGAUUACAUGUCGCAGCCGAGGCUGACAUAUAAAACAGUUUCUGGUGUUAAUGGACCACUCGUAAUCCUGGAUCAAGUAAAGUUUCCCAGGUAUGCUGAGAUUGUGCACCUGACACUUCCAGAUGGCACCAAGCGCAGCGGGCAGGUACUGGAGGUCAGUGGCUCGAAAGCAGUGGUUCAGGUAUUUGAAGGUACCUCUGGAAUUGAUGCAAAGAAAACAAGCUGUGAAUUUACUGGAGAUAUCCUGCGCACUCCAGUCUCUGAAGAUAUGCUUGGCCGUGUGUUUAACGGAUCUGGAAAGCCAAUAGACAGAGGUCCCACUGUCCUUGCUGAGGAUUACUUGGACAUUAUGGGUCAGCCCAUAAAUCCUCAGUGUCGCAUCUAUCCCGAGGAGAUGAUUCAGACUGGAAUCUCUGCUAUCGAUGGCAUGAACAGCAUUGCAAGAGGACAGAAAAUCCCCAUCUUUUCGGCAGCGGGUUUACCACACAACGAAAUUGCUGCCCAGAUCUGUCGUCAAGCCGGUCUCGUAAGGAAAUCAAAGGAUGUUCUAGACUACACUGAAGAGAACUUUGCCAUUGUAUUUGCUGCAAUGGGUGUAAACAUGGAGACAGCCAGGUUCUUCAAGUCUGAUUUUGAGGAGAACGGUUCGAUGGAUAAUGUGUGUCUGUUUCUGAAUUUGGCCAAUGACCCAACUAUUGAACGUAUCAUCACUCCUCGACUUGCUCUAACAACCGCUGAGUUUCUGGCCUACCAGUGUGAGAAGCAUGUGCUGGUUAUUCUGACUGACAUGAGCUCUUAUGCAGAGGCACUUCGAGAGGUUUCAGCGGCUCGAGAGGAAGUGCCUGGCCGUCGUGGUUUCCCCGGUUACAUGUACACUGAUCUGGCCACCAUUUACGAGAGAGCUGGCCGUGUAGAGGGCAGAAAUGGUUCCAUCACACAGAUCCCCAUCCUGACCAUGCCUAAUGAUGAUAUAACUCACCCCAUCCCUGAUCUGACUGGCUACAUCACUGAAGGACAGAUCUAUGUAGACCGCCAGCUGCACAACAGACAAAUCUAUCCACCAAUUAAUGUGCUUCCUUCACUGUCGAGGUUGAUGAAGUCUGCAAUCGGAGAGGGAAUGACGAGGAAGGAUCAUGCGGAUGUUUCCAACCAGCUGUAUGCGUGCUAUGCCAUUGGUAAGGAUGUCCAGGCCAUGAAAGCCGUGGUUGGAGAGGAAGCUCUUACUCCCGAUGAUCUGCUGUUUCUGGAAUUCCUACAGAAAUUUGAGAAGAACUUUAUUGCUCAGGGCGAUUAUGAAAACCGCACUGUGUACGAGACCUUGGAUAUUGGCUGGCAGUUACUGCGUAUCUUCCCCAAGGAAAUGCUAAAACGAAUCCCGCAGUCUAUCGUGGCUGAGUUCUACCCACGGGACUCUGGUGGAAAGCAUUAACGCCUCACCACGUGUUAGUGUGCUCUUUAUUGUGUCACUUCAUUUAUUUAUUUUCACUUGUGUUUAAACUCGUGGAAAGUUGUGUUUUGGCAAAGUGGAUAUUUGUGUCAAUGGUGUUUUAUUUUGAGAUGCCCCACGAGGACCACAAUCAGAACCGCCUAGUUUAGGUCCCUGUGAUAUGCACUUCCCGCACAAACCCGCAUUCAUAAAGAUUUUAGAGAAGCUAUUUUGAGAGUACUUGCCAUUGCCUUUGUUAUUUCAAAUCUGUGAUGAAUAUUAAUUUAGAUUACUCAAGCUGUUAACAACUUAAAUGAUAACUCACAAAUGAACGCUUUAUUGAAUCAUCCUGCAAGUAGUGAUAAACUAGCAAAUAGUCAAGACAAUUAUAUCGGUGACAUUCUUAUGACAAUGUCUGCUUUCCUCUGCUUGAACUGCUGUGUGUCCAAUUUGUACGUCUUUUUCUCGGGAUGGUAAGCCAAAUGGUAGAGAUUUGAAGGGUGUUAAAUGCUUACUUGGCAAGAGGCUUUUCUAAUACUACUCACUGGUGUUGGGUAUAAAUAGGAAAUAACCCUCUUCAACUUGGUGGUUUUGUUUAUCUGGGGGUAAGGUAUGGCAACUCCCUCACUUUAAAGACGUGUACAGGAGGCCCUUUGUAUAUUAAUCAAAUAUUCUUCAUUUCUAAUGUCAUUGACUGUGCUGUCCAGUUAUGGAGUGUUCAGAUGGUGCAAUGUCCAUCACUAUUAGUAUCCAUCAUCAUCAUCCAUAGUAAAAUAAUAUUAGCUGACGGCUUUUGGUGUGCUCGCCAGACUUUGCAAUUAUUUUAAUAUCUGCCCCAUCUUCUUUGUACUGGGGAUUGGAACUGACUUUUGGACUGAGUUUUCCCUUUAAAAUGUUGGCUGGGUGCAUAUAUUUGUCUCUCAUUUGUGUUAAUAGCACAUGUUUUCAAAAUGUGACGUCAUUUACAGUGUAAAGGACAGAUACUUUCCAAUUCCAACCGGCUGUCCAAGUCUUUAUCUGGAUCAGGUUGGAGUUCGGAUUCUAAUCAGUUGUGGGUGUUUCAAGCCAAUUGCAAUUAGUGUCAUCUGUCUCCUUAGCUUGCUGGUUGUUUGUAUGGAAAAUGUUUGUCUUUUACAUUUCCUGCAUGGCACAUUGACUACUGUCUAUAUAUUGUUCUCACAUUGCCUCAACAUUGUCAUGUAUUGAUAGUGGUGUUCUAUUAAAGCCCUUAUGAGUGCAGGUGGUAGUGGUGGUAGCUUUGGUCACAUCUGACUGGUUGUUGUGCACCUAUUUUGAUUUAUCUCCUUGCAUUUGCUCAAUGAGAUGUACAAAUUGUUUUGUUGUAAGAUGUUAUAAGUAAAAUUUAAAUUGUUCCAUGCAUUCCACAAUCCUGUGUAUAAUCAAUCGAUCGUUUGGUUUAAAAUUGAAAUUAUCAGUAAUAUAUUAAUAAAUGUUAAUAGAACAA